AUGGUCAAACAGAGUCAGUGUGAGGAUGAGGAUGAUGAUCUACAGUAUGCUGAUCAUGAUUAUGAAGUACCACAGCAAAAAGGAUUGAAGAAACUUUGGAACAGAGUAAAAUGGACAAGAGAUGAGGAUGAUAAGUUAAAGAAGUUGGUAGAACAACAUGGAACUGAUGAUUGGACUUUAAUUGCUAGUCAUCUUCAAAAUCGUUCUGAUUUUCAGUGCCAGCAUCGAUGGCAAAAAGUUUUAAAUCCAGAACUGAUAAAGGGUCCCUGGACUAAAGAAGAAGAUCAGAGGGUUAUUGAAUUAGUUCAGAAAUAUGGGCCAAAAAGAUGGUCUUUAAUUGCAAAACAUUUGAAAGGCAGAAUAGGCAAGCAGUGUAGAGAGAGAUGGCAUAACCAUCUGAAUCCUGAAGUAAAAAAGUCUUCCUGGACAGAAGAGGAGGACAGGAUCAUCUAUGAAGCACAUAAGCGGUUGGGAAAUCGUUGGGCGGAAAUUGCUAAGCUACUUCCGGGAAGGACUGAUAAUUCUAUAAAAAAUCACUGGAAUUCUACUAUGCGAAGAAAAGUGGAACAGGAGGGCUACUUACAAGAUGGAAUAAAAUCAGAACAAUCUUCAUCUAAACUCCAACACAAACCUUGUGCGACUAUGGAUCAUUUGCAAACCCAGAAUCAGUUUUACAUACCUGUUCAGAUCCCAAGCUAUCAGUAUGUGUCACCUGAAGGCAGUUGUGUAGAGCAUGUUCAGACUUCUUCUGCCUUUAUUCAGCAACCCUUUGUUGAUGAAGAUCCUGAUAAGGAAAAGAAAAUAAAGGAACUUGAGUUGCUUCUUAUGUCAGCUGAGAAUGAAGUUAGAAGAAAGCGAGUUCCAUCGCAGACUGGAAGCUUUUCUAACUGGUCUGGUAGUUUCCUUAUGGAUGAUAGCAUGUCUAAUACUCUAAAUAGCCUCGAGGAACAUACAAGUGAGUUUUACAGUAUGGAUGAGAAUCAGGCUGCGUCUGCUCAGCAGAAUUCACCCACAAAAUUCCUGGCCAUAGAGGCAAAUGCUGUGCUGUCUUCUCUACAGACCAUUCCAGAAUUUGCAGAGACUCUAGAACUUAUUGAAUCUGAUCCUGUAGCAUGGAGUGAUGUUACCAGUUUUGAUCUUUCUGAUGCUGCUGCUUCUCCUGUCAAGUCCACCCCAGUUAAGCUAAUGCGGAUUCAACACAAUGAAGGACCUAUGGAAUGUCAAUUUAAUGUUAGUCUUGUACUUGAAGGGAAAAAAAACAAUUGUAAUAGUGGAGACAGUGAGGCUAUUCCUCUAACUUGUCCAAAUGUGGCCAAGUUUAGCACUCCACCGACCAUCCUUAGAAAGAAGAAAAGAAUGCGAGGGGGCCAUUCCCCAGGCAGUGAUCUUGGUGAUGGCCCUUUCAGUGAUGGUGGUAACUCAGCACUAAAACACACACCGGUGAAAACACUACCAUUUUCUCCUUCACAGUUUUUUAACACAUGUCCUGGAAAUGAACAACUUAAUAUGGAAAAUCCUUCAUUUACAUCAACACCAAUUUGUGGGCAGAAAGUUCUCAUUACAACUCCUCUUCGUAAGGAAUCAACCCCCAAAGAUCAAAAGGAAAAUGUAGGGUUUAGAACUCCUACUAUUAGAAGAUCUAUAUUGGGUACCACACCAAGAACUCCUACUCCUUUUAAGAAUGCGCUUGCUGCUCAGGAGAAAAAAUAUGGACCUCUUAAAAUUGUGUCACAGCCACUUGCCUUCUUGGAAGAAGAUAUUCGGGAAGUUUUAAAAGAAGAAACUGGAACAGACAUAUUCCUGAAAGAGGAAGAUGAACCUGCUUACAAAAGCUGCAAACAAGAAGAGCAUACUACUUCUGUGAAGAAAGUCAGAAAAUCACUCAUUUUAGAUAAUUGGGAAAAAGAAGAACGAAAUCCUCAACUACUAACUGAAGAUAUUUCAGACAUGCAGUCAGAAAAUAUAUUUACAACAUCUUUAUUAAUGAUACCAUUAUUGGAAAUACAUGACAAUAGGUGCAGCUUGACUCCUGAAAAACAAGAUAUAAAUUCAACCAACAAAACAUGUACACUUACUAAAAAGAAACCAAACCCUAACACUUCUAAAGUUGUCAAAUUGGAAAAGAAUCUUCAGUCAAAUUGUGAAUGGGAAACAGUGGUUUAUGGGAAGACAGAAGACCAACUUAUUAUGACUGAACAAGCAAGAAGAUACCUGAGUACUUACACAGCUACCAGCAGCACUUCAAGAGCUCUAAUACUGUAA